CUACAGGUUAUUACCAAACUUCAAAAUAGUGCAACACGGGUCUUCUCCCCGGUUCAAAUACACGCGUUCAGUUCGUCCUUCGCAAUCUAAACCCUUUUUCCGCCAUGUGAGAUAGCGAGCGACACAGCCACGGAAGUAAUCACACAAACACAUCAAUUCAUCCUUCAAUUAACGCCUCCUUUCGAUUCGAUUUGAUUCGAUUAUUAGGGGAAUUGGAGGAGGGGGUGCAGGUACAAGAGCGUAGUUGUUUGUGUUUUCAUUUCAUCUAUGUUUGGAGGUGUUGCCAAUCCUUCUAAUAGUACACACUUACGCAAGUCUGGGAGUAGACCAGUUGUUUAUGAUCUCGAUGAACACGAAGUGGAGAAUGGCGUCGAGGAAGGUUUAUUGCAUCCGGUGGAGGCAGACGAUUCGAAGGGUAGCGUGACAGCUGUGGGUGCUGCUACAAUGAUGCCAUCACCCGCCUUGUUGUGGAGAUCCAAGGUGCUAUUGUUCCUCAUUUGGGCCUUCAUCUGUUGUAAGAUUGGAUGGGAUUCUGUAAUGAUAAUGAGUGCAGACAAGCGGGAUUUGUUCCUUUAUGAAGCAUUUUUGUAUUUUAACCCUCUUCUUCUGGCGGCUUUGAUGAUUUGGCUGUGGGGAAUCAACUUAUGGUUUUUUGCUCAAGGCGGAGUCAAUUAUGCAAAAAUAUUUGAUCUUGAUCAAAAUCAUCUGACCCAUAGAGAAAUAUGGAAGUGUGCUACAUGGAUGACAAUUAUUGUUCCAACUAGUAUGACAGCAUACAUUUAUCUUUAUUCUCAUGGAGAAGUCUCCUAUGCUGCAUCACAACCAGUGCUCUUAUAUGCUGCCGCAAUAUUGGUUUUGAUAUUCCCCUUUGAUAUUUUUUACUUUUCAUCUAGAUAUUUCUUCUUAAAGACACUUGGGAGAAUAAUUUUCCCAUUACAGGCAAUAUCGUUUGCAGAUUUUUUCUUGGCUGAUAUCUUAACUUCCAUGGUAAAGGUGUUUUCUGAUUUGGAGCGUUCAGUAUGUAGAAUGAUCCAUCGACAGGUUGCCACAAUUGCUUGGUUGGAAGCUGAUUCUGUUUGUGGCAGCCACUCUGUCGCAAUCCCUUUGGUUCUUGUUUUGCCUUAUCUUUUCCGCCUAAACCAAUGCCUCCGUCAGUACAAAGAUACUGGAGAGAAAACUAGUCUUCUGAAUGCCUUGAAAUAUUCGACUGCAGUGCCUGUGAUUUUUCUCUCUGCCCUUAAAUAUCAUGUCUUCCCUGAUAAGUGGACAAACUUUUAUAGGCCUCUCUGGCUUCUGUCAGGGGUUGUGAACUCGUCAUACUCCUUCUACUGGGAUGUAAAUCGAGAUUGGGACCUAGGUGGCUUCACUCGAAUAUUCAAGUUUAACAAGCCACAUCUGUUCUCUCAUAUGUUACACGGAAGGAGAUGGGUAUACUUUUGGGUGAUUGGAAGCAAUUUGAUUUUGCGUUGCACGUGGACAUAUAAGCUGUCUGCCCAUCUUCGUCAUAAUUACCUCACGGUGUUCAUAAUUGCUGCUUUGGAGAUUUUCCGCCGCUUCCAGUGGAUCUUCUUCCGUGUUGAAAAUGAGUGGAACAAGCUGAAUUCCAAAUCACACUCGCAUCUCUCAGCCAAAGAAAUCCCAAACGAUGAAGAGAACUUACUUCAUUCCAUUGACUACAGUGUAUAGGCUAGAUAGAGUAUGAUGCCUAAUACUUUGGCAGUAUCAUACAAGAUAUAUUUCAAAUAUUUUGACGAUAGGGGAUCUCCAUUCCUUACGACCACUGGCUUGGCUACCCCUGGUAUUAAAAUGUCAUUCUUUGUUAACCAAAAAUGAAAAACAGUUCAUUCUUA